CUCCCGCCAUGUCCCUGGUGUUGCAGGACGCGCGCGACACCGAAGGGGGGCGCUCUGCAAUCAGCCUUCACACAGACAGCAUUGACUGAACGGACGGAGAGCUUUGUGCCGAAAACUAAACCCAACCUGUGUCAGACAAAUGAAUUAAAACGGCCCACGUGAGAGGGUGUUCCAAAUCAUCCGUGUGGGCAAGUUGGUGUUGAGAGAGGAGGGCUCAGGGCGACGGUAGCAGCCCUGCUUCGCCUGUGAACUAGCGGCAGUACGGAGCGAUGCGUUGAAGUUAAAAAAAGACCGUAACAAAGGCCAGUAGAAGACCGUGAGGACUACACAUCAACAAGCAUGGAGUUCCCGCAACAGCAGAAACCGGCGGGGGACGGAAAGAUCAUAUAUCCCCCUGGAGUAAAGGAGAUUACGGACAAGAUCAGCAACGAUGAGGUGGUCAAACGAUUGAAGAUGGUGGUAAAAACCUACAUGGACAUGGACCAAGACUCUGAAGAGGAGAAGCAGCAAUACCUUGGCCUUGCACUCCACCUCGCCUCAGAGUUCUUCCUCAGGAACCCAAACAAAGAUGUACGGCUACUGGUGGCCUGCUGUCUGGCUGACAUCUUCAGGAUCUAUGCUCCCGAGGCCCCCUACACCUCACACGACAAACUCAAGGACAUUUUCCUUUUCAUCACCAGACAACUAAAGGGACUAGAAGACACCAAGAGUCCUCAGUUCAACAGAUAUUUCUACCUGCUGGAGAAUCUGGCUUGGGUGAAGUCCUACAACAUAUGCUUUGAACUGGAAGACUGCAAUGAGAUCUUUAUCCAGCUCUUCAAAACACUCUUCUCUGUCAUCAAUAACAGCCAUAACCAAAAGGUUCAGAUGCACAUGAUGGACCUGAUGAGUUCUAUCAUCAUGGAGGGAGACGGAGUCACACAAGAGCUGCUGGAUACCAUACUCAUUAACCUCAUCCCUGCACACAAGAACCUGAACAAGCAAGCCUAUGAUCUUGCCAAGACUCUGCUGAAGAGGACCGUCCAGACAAUAGAGACAUGCAUUGCAAAUUUUUUUAAUCAGGUUUUAGUGAUGGGCAAGUCAUCAGUCAGUGACCUAUCGGAGCAUGUCUUUGACCUCAUCCAGGAGCUGUUUGCCAUCGAUCCUAUGCUGCUUACCUCUGUCAUGCCUCAGCUUGAGUUCAAACUUAAGAGCAAUGAUGGGGAGGAGCGUCUAGCGGUUGUGCGGUUACUAGCAAAGCUGUUUGGGGCAAAAGAUUCAGAGCUGGCCUCACAGAACCGACCACUGUGGCAGUGCUUCUUAGGGCGCUUCAAUGACAUCCAUGUUCCUGUAAGGUUAGAGUGUGUAAAGUUUGCCAGCCACUGCCUCAUGAACCAUCCAGAUCUGGCCCGAGACCUGACAGAGUAUUUGAAGGUGCGCUCCCAUGACCCAGAGGAAGCCAUUCGCCACGAUGUCAUUGUCACAAUCAUAAAUGCUGGGAAGAAAGACCUUAAUUUGGUUAAUGAUCAGCUGUUGGGCUUUGUACGGGAAAGGACUUUGGACAAAAGGUGGCGCGUGCGCAAAGAGGCCAUGAUGGGCUUGGCUCAGCUUUACAAGAAAUACUGUCUGCAUCAUGAGGCAGGGAAGGACUCAGCUGCAAAGAUCAGUUGGAUUAAAGACAAGCUGCUGCACAUAUACUAUCAGAACAGCAUUGAUGACAAGUUGUUAGUAGAGAAGAUCUUUGCUCAAUACAUGGUCCCUCACAGUCUUGACACAGAAGAGAAGAUGAAGUGUCUUUACUACCUGUAUGCCUGUCUGGACACAAAUGCUGUCAAGGCUUUGAAUGAGAUGUGGAAGUGUCAGAACAUGCUCAGAGGCCUCGUCAAGGAGCUGCUGGACCUCCACAAAUUGCCUGUGUCCGAGGCCAACAACACAGCCAUGUUGGGGAAGCUUAUGAGUAUUGCCAAGAACCUGCCAGAUGCUGGGAAAGCACAAGACUUCAUGAAGAAGUUCAACCAGGUUCUUGGUGAGGAUGAGAAGCUCAGAGUGCAGCUGGAGAUGCUCAUCAGUCCAACCUGCUCCUGCAAACAGGCUGAGAUCUGUGUGAGGGAAAUCACUCGGAAGUUGACAUUUCCCAAACAGCCCACCAAUCCUUUCCUGGAGAUGGUUAAGUUCCUGCUGGAGCGCAUUGCUCCUGUCCACAUUGAUUCUGAGGCAAUCAGUUCACUGGUGAAGUUGUUGAAUAAGUCAAUAGAGGGCACAGCUGAUGAUGACGAGGAAGGUGUCACCCCUGACACAGCUAUUCGCGCUGGGCUGGAACUACUUAAGGUCCUGUCGUUCACCCAUCCUACAGCUUUUCACUCAGCAGAGACCUAUGAGUCCCUGCUCCAGUGUUUAAAGAUGGAAGAUGACAAAGUGGCCGAGGCAGCUAUCCAGAUUUUCAGAAACACUGGGCAGAAGAUUGAGACGGAGUUACAACAGAUAAGAUCGACACUGAUUCCAAUCUUGCAUCAGAAAGCUAAGCGGGGCACACCUCAUCAGGCCAAGCAGGCUGUCCAUUGUAUUCAUGCCAUCUUUAACAACAAGGAAGUGCAACUGGCUCAGAUCUUUGAGCCUCUGUCACGGAGUCUUAAUGCAGAUGUUCCAGAGCAGCUCAUCACUCCUCUUGUGUCCCUGGGCCAUAUCUCCAUGCUGGCCCCAGACCAGUUUGCUUCACCAAUGAAGUCCAUUGUGGCAAAUUUUAUCGUGAAGGACUUGCUCAUGAAUGACAGAACUGUGGGAAACAAGAACGGGAAGCUGUGGACCACUGAUGAGGAAGUGUCACCUGAGGUCCUAGCUAAGGUGCAGGCCAUCAAGCUUUUGGUGCGUUGGUUGCUCGGAAUGAAGAACAACCAGUCAAAGUCAGCAAACUCUACUCUUCGUCUGCUGUCAGCCAUGCUGGUCAGUGAGGGAGACCUCACCGAGCAGAAGAAGAUCAGUAAAUCGGACAUGUCUCGUCUAAGACUAGCUGCUGGUGGAGCCAUCAUGAAAUUGGCCCAGGAGCCCUGCUAUCAUGACAUAAUCACACCUGAACAGUUUCAGCUCUGCGGACUUGUUAUCAACGAUGAGUGCUACCAGGUUCGGCAAAUUUUUGCCCAGAAGUUACACCUGGCUCUCGUCAAGCUGAUGCUGCCUCUGGAGUACUUAGCCGUCUUUGCCCUGUGUGCUAAGGACCCGGUGAAAGAGCGGCGCGCCCACGCCCGACAGUGCCUCCUCAAAAACAUCUCCGUCCGCCGAGAAUACAUCAAACAGAACCCACUCGCUCAGGAAAAACUUGUCUCCCUCCUUCCUGAGUAUGUUGUUCCCUACAUGAUCCAUCUGCUGGCCCAUGAUCCAGACUUCACAAAACCACACGAAUACGAACAGCUCAAAGACAUCAAAGAGUGCCUGUGGUUUAUGCUGGAAGUGCUGAUGACCAAGAAUGAGAACAACAGUCAUGCCUUUCUUCGGAAGAUGGUAGAGAACAUCAAACAGACAAAAGAUGCUCAGUGUCCCGAUGAUGCAAAGGCCAAUGAGAAACUAUAUAUUGUCUGUGAUGUUGCUCUGUUCGUGAUCGCCAACAAAAGCACUGCAUGUCACCUGGAGUCCCCGAAAGACCCCGUUUUGCCUUCCAAGUUCUUCAUCGUGCAGGAUAAGGACUUCAAAAAUGACAAAGAGUAUCUGUCAGCAGAAAUGAGACAAGUUCUGCUCACUGGGAAGCCUAAGCCAGCUCCAGUGUUAGGAGCUGUGAACAAGCCUCUCACAGUACCAGGGAGGAGGAUCUUUACCAAGACCACCUCGGCUUCGGACACAGUCAGUAAUACCAGCACCAACUCCUCUCCACUGAGCUCCCCAUCAGUCAACAAGAACAGCAACACUGCCACAGAGUCCUCAGAGAGCCAAGCGCAGGAAAACAACGAAAACCCUGUUAUCAAGAAUGACGACAUGAAGAAGGACGACAUGAGUCAGAAAAUGACUCCUGACACUGCAACAGAAGCGACCCCUGUCAAGCGACGUGGUCGUCCACCUAAAACGGCCGCAGCUACAACGGAGAAAGAGGGAAGUGCGGCACCAACAGGCGGCGGGGCAGGUAGAGGCAGAAAGAGAGCAGCUGAUUCCAACACAUCUGCAGACUCAAUCAACAUCAAGAUGUCAAAACAGCAGCAGCAGCAGAAUGAUGAGGGGUCAAAGAGACAGAUCGAUCUGCAGAGGGGGCUAGUUGUGAGCAAACAGAAAACUAAGGUGAGGAAAAUGAAGGCUGAAGAAGAGACAGGGAAAGUUGUAGGGAGAGCUUUCCUUCCUCUGCGCAGUGAUGAUGACACUGAGCUAGAGUCCAGUCCAGAGGGCUUUAUCUGGGAAAGAAAGGAUGCAGAGAGAUGCAUACAAGGGCAGAUGAGCUGUGCACCACGGUCCAGCACGUAUAGCCAGGGAGAGGCCGAGUCUGCAAGGAGGAGGGAAGUUCUCUCUAGGAGGCAGGGAGAGAGCAACAGUGAAGAGAGGACAGGAGGCCUAGCAGUAAAGAGGAAGCUGGUGAAGAUGAAAUCAAGAUUUUAAAGAAUGGGCCAGAAUCUUCCUCAUAUCCCCCACCUUUACGUACAUGCUCCUCUGACUCUUAAAGCUUUCCUGGACGAGUUAUGGACCUUUCUUAAAACACACUUGUUUCAGUAUAAACACAUGCAGAUACACACCACUGACAUCCUAGAAGGGUUUAAACACCUUGUAGUCAUAAUUUGAAGCUCAUUGUAUGUAGGUCUUACUCCAAAAAAAAUGAAAUGUUAUUUUUUUCCUUUGUGUUUGUUGCUCUUUGCUUCUUUUGUGGAGCCGUUUUUAAGAAAAAAGAACAGGAUGGACAUUUUACAAAACGUUUUAAUCUGGUUAUGAUUGUUGCUUAUUAAAUUUCCUGGGAAAAAUCUUA